GUCGCGGGGUUGUAGUUCACAACUGGUGGUUCACCCGCAACAGCUCCAGCAGCUCACGACAUUUCUCUCUAGACUCCCCCACGCCCCUUUCCGGCUGACCUUCUCUCUUUCCCUUAUCUUCUUCGACACAAAUAUAAUGGCUACUCCGGAAAUACUCUCGCAGCUGAGCUCGCUCGAAUCGUCAUCAACUUCGCAAGCCGACAAAGCUACGGCCUUCACGUCGCUGCUUCACACCAUCAUAGCCAGCUCCUCCCCCGACCAACUCGCGUCAAACCUCACCGCCCUUAUCGAUGCGAUCCUCUCGGAAAAUGUCGGAAUCGUCACAUCACGGCCGGUGCUGGGAGAGUGCGUAACCGCCAUCCGCAAGCUCGACUCAGUCGAGAUCAAGAAAACCGUCUACGCCUACACGCUCGAGAAGCUGCGCCCCAAGAUCAUUUCGUUCGAGGAGCAGGACUGCAACAUCCGCGAGGCGCUGGCGGAUAUCUACGAGGGCGAGGAGGAGAACGGGGAUGCGGCGAAGGUGCUACAGGGGAUCCAGUUGAAUCCGCAUCAGAGGCAGAUAUCGGACGAGUUUAGAUUGAAGGUUUAUAUCCGCAUCAUGCGCAAUCUGCUGGAAGACGACGAGGCUAUCAGUGCCAGUGACUACCUGAACCGCGCCACGCUGCUCAUCCAUACCUGCGCCGACCCCGCCGUCAACCUGCAGUUCCAGAUGUGCCAGGCCAGAAUCCUCGAUUCGAAGCGGGACUUCCUCAAUGCGUGCUCCAAGUACCACCAGCUUUCGUUCUCCCCCAUCGUCGAAGAUGCGGACCGGAUGCAGUGUUUGUCCGCUGCUAUGACGUGCGCUAUCCUGGCUGGUGCAGGCCCGCUUCGCUCGCGAUCGCUGGCGACCCUCUACAAAGAUGAGCGGUCGCCGCAGCUGCAGCCAGACUAUUCGCUGCUCGAGAAGAUGUACCUCGACCGACUUCUCACGCAGAAAGAAGUAGAUGAGUUUGCCGCCAGGCUGCGGCCGCAUCAGGUCGCGAGAAUGUCGGACGGAACGACAGUGCUGACCAAGGCCGUCAUCGAACACAACUUGCUCGGCGCUUCGAAGCUUUACAACAAUAUCGGCGUCGAAGAGCUGGGAGUUCUGUUGGGAUUGUCUGCUGAGAAGGCGGAGGAGUACGCGGCAAGGAUGAUCGAGCAGGGACGGUUGAGCGGACAGAUUGACCAGAUCGAUCGGCUCAUCUACUUCGAUUCCACGACGUCGACGGGUGGUGCUUCGGCGGAGAAGGUCGUAAGUAGACAGCUGAAACGCUGGGACGAGAACGUGAGCGGACUGGCACAGGCGGUGGAGAACAUCACCACCAUGCUGCAGAACGAAUAUCCGGUAAGUCGAUAUCCGUCCCCAGACUGAGAAUCUAGCUGAUGGGAAAUACGGCAAAAAGGAUUUCGUCGCUGCCAAUCUUGUGCACUGAGGCAAUGCGGGUAUCGUGAUGCAAAUGGCAUGGCUUUGUUUCAAUGCGGGGGUUAAGGCGUUUUACUACGGUGU